AUUGAACAAAUGAAUAACAAAAAAAAAAACUCUUCAGGUUUCCGUAAGUUUGACCGACUCUGACCGAUUUCGACGACGUACGUGUAGAACAACGAACAAACAAGCGACAUGCAUGCGCCACGUCUUCAAGGCCUUCACCGUUUUCAUCCAUCUUCCUCAGCGGUGCUGGCUAGACACGCGUCGUCGAAUCCACACACCCGUGACAAAUGCAGAAGUUAUAACUAACCUUGAUGCACUUAUUUCUCUGAUUCUCUGAAUAUCUCUGAAUAUCUAUUCAACCAUUUGCAGCAGCAGCAAUGGAGUUUAAACCCAGAAUUUGUUCUUCUGGUAUUCUGGUGAUUCUCUGCAUAUUCUUCUUGAUCAAUACUUGUGCGCCCACAGGAGCGUUGGGAGAAGGAGAGCAGCAGCAGCAUUAUAAGAUGGAGGAAGAGAGAGUUAAUGAACAACCCAAAAAGCCAUCUAUGUGGGAGAUGACUAAGAAUGCUUUUUCUUUGUACACAUCUUCCCCUUUGAGGGUUCCAACAUACUUGGACAAGUCCAAAACCCUAUUUAAUCAAAUUCGAGCUUAUUUCUUCCCCCCUAAUUUAGAGGGUAGUAUGGGGAAUAUUGAACUUGAGCCUGGUAGCAGUGGCGGCGAUGGAGCUGGAGGGAAGGUGACGGAGGUGGUUGGGAAGAGUUUUGGCAAGAGCAAAGAGACGGUGGAGGACUCUGCGAAAUCAGCAGCCAAAAUAGUUGGGGAGAGGGUGCAGAAGACAAAGGAGAAAGUGAAGAGGAGCUUUUCCGGCAGUGAUAAAAACACAGAAAGUAAAGAAGCUCAAUCUGAGCUCUAGCUAUUUGCUAUAGCCAAGUAAAAGAGUAGAACAUAAGUUUUGGGUUUUCUUACUUUCUAAGGUGUUCAUUUGUAUGCUAUUUGUAUGAGGAUAAAUUGUUACAGUAACUGGAGUUUGGUAGUUUUCAAUGUGGCAGUGAUUGGAAAA